AUGGCAACACAAUCAGCUCUCCUCAUUGGAGAAAUCACACACGCGCGCACGGAAUGGGAGAGCCUCUCAUCUUUCUUGACAUUGAAGGAAUUCCCCAGCGGAACCAGAGAAGAGUUCAUCGCAAACUGCAAGGCUGGCAAGUAUGACGAUGUAGUCGUCCUCUACCGGUCCAACAGCUCCACCAAGUACACCGGUCCAUUCAAUGCAGAGUUGCUCGCAGUCCUGCCUAAAUCUCUCAAGUACGUCUGUCACAACGGAGCAGGAUAUGACAACAUCGACGUUGCCGCCUGCACGGAGAAGAACAUCGCUGUGUCCAGCACCCCAGUCGCGGUCAACAACGCGACAGCCGACGUGGGCAUUUUCCUGAUGAUCGGCGCUCUGCGCCAGGCUUACGUGCCUAUUACUGCUCUCCGGGAAGGAAAGUGGCAAGGCCCGAUCACCGCAGGAGGAAAGCAGUACAGCACUACCCUGGGCCAUGACCCCAAGGACAAGGUCCUCGGAAUUCUGGGCAUGGGAGGCAUCGGACGGGAAAUGGCAAUUCGCGCCAAGGCCUUCGGGAUGAAGAUCCAGUACCACAACCGGUCCCGUCUAUCACCCGAGCUGGAAGCCGGCGCGACAUACGUCUCGUUCGACGAGUUGCUCGCCAAUUCGGACGUGCUCAGCUUGAACUUGGCCUUGAACGCAUCCACGCGCCACAUCAUUGGUGCUAAUGAGUUCACCAAGAUGAAGGAUGGCGUCGUGAUUGUUAACACGGCUCGUGGUGCGCUGAUUGAUGAGAAGGCGUUGGUUGCGGCACUUGACUCUGGCAAGGUGCGCUCUGCUGGUCUGGAUGUGUAUGAGUGCGAGCCAGAAAUUGAGCCUGGGCUCGUUAGCAACCCUAAUGUUAUGUUGCUGCCGCACAUUGGUACUGGCACUUACGAGACUCAGAAGGAUAUGGAGAUUCUGGUGUUGGAUAACAUGCGGUCGGCUGUUGAGAAGGGUGAGCUUAUUACACAGGUUCCAGAGCAGAAGAAAUAG